AAAAAGCUUGUAAACAGUCGUGGGUAUUAAACAUUUUAUAACGAGGUCAAGUGCAGCUCUGCAGGCAUCAAGCCUAAAAUAGAGCCUGUUUGCACGUCGCUUCCUGUUUUUCGCUUAUGUGGAAUGUUUGGCGGCCUAGAUAACUCUCCUACUCUUGUUUAGGUCUCACUUCUUAUUUAUAUACAAUUUCCCCUUCGAUUCAAUUCAAGGAACUCUCUGUUUGGGCCUUUUGAAUGAAUCAAGGAGGAAAGAGCCUGGUUUUGCAGUAAAAAUGGAAAUUGAGCAAGGCGAAUUGUACAAACUUGAAGGAUAUGUUAACUGGAAGAAACGGCCGGUGGAAAAAUCAAAGCACGGUGGAAUCCUUGCUGCCGGAUUCGUAUUGGUGUCAGAGAUCUUCGAGAACCUGGCAUUUUUGGCCAACGCUACUAAUUUAGUAAACUACUUUUAUUCGUUCAUGCAUUUUUCGCUCGCCGAAUCGGCCAACACGGUGACAAAUUUCAUGGGAACGGCGUUCCUCUUGGCACUCUUGGGAGGAUUUAUAGCUGAUACUUUUAUGACCACUUACUUCACUGUAAUAACGUUUACUGUCGUGGAGCUCAUGGGACUGGUGAUAUUGACAAUACAAGCCCAUUACCCUUCUCUUCAGCCUCCUGCAUGUGACCGUGGGAAUCUGUCAAAUGUUUGCAAGCAGGUUGAAGGGGCAGAAGCUGCUAUGUUAUAUAUUGGGCUGUAUCUUGUGGCUCUAGGCGUGGGAGGCCUGAAAGGUUCGCUUCCUGUUCAUGGAGCUGAGCAAUUUGAUGAAUAUGAUGCAAAGGAGAGAAAGCAGAGAUCGAAUUUCUUUAACUGGUAUUUGUUCAGCAUGUGUGCGGGCUCUCUGUUAGCAGUUACAUUAGUGGUGUGGGUACAGGACAACAAGGGAUGGCAAUGGGGAUUUGGGCUUUCGACCAUAAGCAUUGUACUUGUGUUUGUCUUAUUUGUUUUAGGCACAUGCAAGUACAGAAACAAAAUACCGCAGGGCAGCCCUCUGACCCGAAUCUCUCAGGUAAUUGUGGCGGCUCUAAGCAAGAGGGGGAUUGCUACGCAAGUGCGCGCAGAGGACAUGAAUUAUGCCACCGACAAGGAUAGCAGCUAUUUACUUCGCCGGACCCCACAGUUCAGAUUUCUAGACAAGGCAUCAAUGCGGGACCCGAAUUCCGGCGCAACAGGACAAGAAAGUCCUUGGCGACUGUGCGCAGUUACACAGGUGGAAGAAGUGAAGAUAAUAGUGAGAGUCCUGCCCAUAUUUGCCUCUACUAUUAUGAUGAACUGUUGCAUUGCCCAGCUGCAGACCUUCUCUGUAAGACAGGCGACCACCAUGGACAGAAGCAUUAAGGGAUUUCUAGUACCCGCUGCUUCUUUACCGGCAAUUCCAGUAAUAAGCAUGAUGAUCCUCAUCCCACUCUAUGAUCUCUUCUUUGUUCCAUUUGCCCGUCAGAUAACGGGAAAAGAAACGGGAAUAACCCACUUGCAGAGAGUCGGUGUAGGGCUCGUGCUGUCUAUUCUGUCAAUGGGAGUGGCUGCACUGGUCGAAAUUAAAAGAAAAUCUAUCGCAAAAGAUCACAAUUUGAUUGAUUCUUCUGCACCUUUGCCAAUAGCAUUCUGGUGGGUCGGUCUGCAAUACUUAGUUCUGGGAAUCGCUGAUAUGUUUGCAUUGGUAGGACUGAUGGAAUUCUUCUACACGCAAGCUCCUUCUAGAAUGAGAUCAUUGGCCACAGCUCUUUCAUGGGCUUCUAUCUCCAUGGGCUAUUUCCUUAGCUCUGUGCUCGUCUCCCUAGUGAAUCGCAUAUCCAAACAUCUUGGAGAUGAUGUGGGGUGGCUUUCAGGGAAUAAUCUCAACAGAAAUCACCUGGAUCGAUUCUAUUGGCUUCUCUGUGUGCUUAGUGCUCUUAAUUUCAUCCAUUAUCUUCUUUGGUCACUCUGGUACAGAUACAAGACUGAGUCUAAUUAGUCUAAGUAGUUUCGAAAAUGGUUAUCUAAUCUCUAAGAUGUAUCAAUAUAUAAACGAUGAUGUAUCAGAUUAGAUUGUACCAAUAUAUAAGACUGAAUCUAAUUAGUCUAAUUAAUUUCGAAAAUGAUUAUCUAAUCUCUAAGAUGUACCAAUACAUAACGAUGGUGUAUCAGAUUAUACUAAUGCAUAAGCAAUGGUGUAUGAAAGGGUAACAGUUUUUUGUUUUACAUCCACAUUUGUCUCGAAGUUUUGGGAAGGAAAUUGUAAAAUAUUGGUGUCCUUACGUAUUGUACCCAAAUGUUAUCAUUUGGAAUGGUAGGGGUUGUGCCUUAUUAAUGAGAAGGAAGUCAACAUGAGAGAAGAUCCAAAAAUAGGUUGGGCUUCUUUCUCCGGAAGGAAUGAAAAGUUGUAUGACUUCCAUAAACAGGGAGAGUAUUUUAGUGUGCAAGUUGUUUGCUAUUUUGGACUGAGAUAUUUUAGCGAGUAGCUGUGUAUAUUUUCAAAUUUUUCGUAUAUUGUUCGCCAGCUUUGUUCAUUUUCUAUGUUGCUUUUUAAAUCCCUGUAGUUUGCUCUAUAUGAUUAUCCAUCUCCUUGUUUUAGUCAACAUAUAAUAGUUUUAUAUUAUCUUAGAUAAGAUACUUGGUAUAUGUGCAUAAUUUUGUAGUUACGCAUAUCCAUCUCCUUGUUUUAGUCAAAAUGCAAAUGAUGGCUAAUAGAAGGAUUACGAUUGACUCAAUUAAAUAGUUUUAAUUAUCUUAAAUGGACGCAGCUCUUGUGGCUCCAAAAUGUUAGCGUCAUGCAUAACAUACAUGCAUACCCAUGUUCAAUUGCAGGUAUACUCCUGCAUGGGUUGUGAUGAUGUGGACAUAGUGAGACGUCGGGUGGGCUGGGGCUAUGAUGACGUGGACCUGCUGGAAAGGACGGCCACAGAGCACGCCAUGUCGUCAGCUUUGGAGGGGCUCAUAACACGCAAUCGGUCAAACCGCCAGGAGACCGCAGAGUGCUUUGUUGGACAGACGGGAAAGUAGUGAGAGACAACUGUCUCCCACGGCUGAUAUCGCACUAUAACACGUAGGUAAUUGGGGACAAUAACUUAGAGAUUUAGGUCAGGUCAACAACAACGCAUUUAAUAUAUCCCUUCAUAUGUUGUGGUCAAUAACAUGCCAAGCCAUUAACUUGGAAGGCAAGAAAGAGUAGUCAUAUAUUUAUGGUCAAUAACAAGCAAAGCCAUUAAUUUGCAAGGCAAGGAAGAGAAAAACAGGAGCAAAGCAGAUAUCUGGGAAGGUUAAACACACGUUAUAUGAUCAUGAUCAGUAGCAGCAACAUGGGUGAGGGCUUGGAUGUUGUUGAAGCUACCAGAGGGUUGGAAAUCAAAGACUAGACGCGCGUUAUAGGAGCGACAUGAGCAGCGAGGGGAGGGUUUGAAGAGGAAGUUAAAAACGUCGAUUAUAGGAGCGGCGACAACAGCGCGGGCUAGGGUUACUGGUGCAUGAGCACCUUAUGACUAAGAUAACAAGAGCAAUAAAGGCUAAAGGACACACAUGAGAAUGUGACCUUUCAAUCUAUGUAAUAGGGUAGUCUUGUUUGUUUGAUGUUUGAUUUGUUUGUAAUAAACCCCACCUUGUUACCCAAUGACAUGGAUUUGGCAAAUUGAUAAGCCACCAUGGGCAUAUGGGCCUAGGGGUAUUUGGUUGAGUAUUUUUCUAGGUGUUUAUGUGUUGGAGAUGUAUUAGGAAGGUUUAGGACAUGUUGAAGCACCUCUAGGUAGGUGGAUUUAACACAUGUCAAAAGUUGUUCAAACUUGACAACUUUGUUGACAACUUUUAAUGACAACUUUUGGUGGCAAAUAGUAACUUC